GGGUAUUUCUCCAACUUAAGGGACACUGCCCUUUAUUUUGGGCCCCUAGCUACUUUCUUACUUUUGGCUCCUUCACCGUUCAAACUACUCCUUUUUCCUUACUAACUCUAUAAUUUCCAUUACAAAACUCCAAAUAAUCUUCUUCUCCUUCUUCUUCAUCUUUGGCUCCUUCAUUCAUCUACACUGUACAUAAUCCAUGACAGGAAACAAAUUUUCAACUAUGUUACAUAGAAGAACCAACAGAAUUACUAGGGUUCUUAUCUAUGCAAUUCUUGAAUGGGUUUUAAUCUUUUUUCUUCUUUUAAACUCUUUAUUUUCUUACUUUAUCCUUAAAUUUGCACUAUACUUUGGCCUUAAACCACCCUGUUUGUUAUGUUCAAGGCUUGAUUAUUUCUUGGAUUAUGAGAAAAAAGACAAAGCUAGAAGCUUUUCUUCAUACUCUGAAAUCAUCUGUGAUCAACAUGCUGCUGAAAUUUCCAGAAUUGGGUAUUGUUCUAAUCAUAGAAAACUUGUUGAAUCACAAUAUGUUUGUGAUGAUUGUUCUUCUUCAUCCCAUGAUCAUCAAGUAUUGAAAUGGAUGACAGAGAUUGGUUUUGUUAAAGAUGAUGCAGAAGAAAGUGAUCUUACAAGAAGAUGUUCUUGCUGUGAUAGAGUGAUCAAUCCAAUCAAAAAAGUUUCUUCCUUGGAUUUUGUGAUCAAGGAGAAAGAAUUAUUGGGUUGUGAUUUUUCAGAUCAAAAAAAGCAGGAAAAUUUUGAUGAAUCAGAUGAUUCUAAGUUUGGGUAUCAAGUUUUGGAUGGUGGGGAUGAAGAAGAUGUGAUUUUGGAAGCAGAAAAGGAACCUCUUUUACAGAAUAUUAAUGAUAGUAAUGAAAAAAGUAAGGAACAUCUGGAGUUUUACAUUGAUCAUGAUGAUUAUAGAUUAAUCCCAGUUGAUUUUAUUGCUGAUAACUCGAUUAAAGUUUGUGGGGAAGAAGAAAAUAAAGAAUUUUCAGAAAAAUCAAGGGAAUUUGAGUUGGUUUUUGAGGGAUUUGAACUUGUUCUUCCUAGGAGUGAACUUAGUCCUAGUAAAGAUUUGCCUAGUAUAAAGGAAGAAGAAGAAGUAGAAGAAAGUGUGAUUGAGAAUGUACAGAUUUCCAAAGAUGAGGUGAAGAUGGAGGAAUCAGACAAAAUUGAGCUGGUUUUUGAAGUAAAUAAGCUUGUUUCUGGGUCUGAAAAUUUGUCCAUAGAUGAAGAAAAAGGAGAAAUGGAGAGCUUGGGAAAUCACAAGGAUGAGGAAGAGCAGGAAAAGGAGAUUGCAAAUGUUGUUAGUACUCCCAUUUUUGAUGUGCAGGAAUGUGUUAAUCAAGCUACGGAAGCUGAUAAACAAGCAACAACUGAGACACAUCCUACUCUUUCAGUGUAUGAGGAUAAUGCAUUACAUUUGGAGAAUGAAGAAACUAUUACUGAAGAAAAACAUCAGAUUCCCACAGAUGAGCUGUUCAUUCAAGAGUCCAAAGAGAAUUAUGAAGCUAGAAUAGAAACAGAAACUGAAAGCAGCCAGAGUUUAACAGAGAAUUUAUUGAUCCAAGAGUAUGAGGAAAUUUCAUCACAUUUGAGGAGUUAUGAAUCUAAAACCGAAGCUGAAGCUGAAACUGAAACUGAAAGUAAACAGAAUCAACCAGCUGAUGAGCCCUCUACAUUAUGCCAACCAGAAAGUCACACUAUUUCUGACAAUGUAGUAGUCUUGGAGGUCUCCACUAGUCUUCCUCAUGAUGAUGAAACUAGUGAAUUGGGGAGUCAUGAAUCUAAAACCGAACCUGAAGCUGAAACUGAAACGGAAACAGAUAAUGAAAAGAAACAUAAUCAGACAGCUGAUGAGCUCUCUACACCAUGCCAACCAGAAAGCCACACUAUUUCCGACAAUGUAGUUUUGGAAGUCUCCACUAGUCCUCAAGAUGCUGAAACUGGUGAAAGGAGCCUAAAUGCUAAUGUGGACAUGCACCAUAAUGAGGUGGAGGAAGAAAAGGUUCCUGAUACACCAACUUCAUCAGAAAGCCUGAAUCAUAUGCAGAGGAAACUGUCGUUUUUAGGGAGACGGGAAUCAGGAACAGAGGAAUCACUUGACGGGAUGAGUAUGAUCAGCGAGCAAGAGAGCAUAGAAACAACAGAAAAGCUCAAACCUGACCUGCUUUCCGAGAGAAAGGCAUUGAGAACAUUAUAUAAAGAACUCGAGGAAGAGAGGAACGCCUCAGCAAUCGCAGCAAACCAAACAAUGGCAAUGAUUACUAGGCUUCAAGAAGAGAAAGCAACUAUGCAGAUGGAAGCCUUGCAAUACCAAAGAAUGAUGGAAGAACAAUCCGAGUAUGAUCAAGAAGCGCUGCAGAUGAUGAAUGAGCUCGUAGUGAAGAGGGAAAAAGAGAAGCAAGAGCUUGAGAAGGAGCUCGAAGUAUACAAAAAGAAGGUGAUGGAUUACGAAGAACGAGAGAAGAUGAGGAUAAUGUGCAGGAGGAGAAGUAGACAUUCUUCGGCUUCUUGUAGUUACGGUGAGGAAAGUGAUGGACUAUCGGUAGAUUUGAAUCAAGAAACGAAAGAUCAAGAAGAAGAAGGCGGUGUAAGUCCACAUUGUCAUGAAGAAAACGGGCACCAAGAUACACCAACCGAUGCAGUCUUGUGUUUACAAGACUCAUUGUUAGGUUUUGAAGAAGAGAAGCAAGCAAUUCUCGAGCAGCUCAAGGUUUUAGAGGAGAAACUUUUUACUCUAGCAGAGGAAGAAGAGGAACAUUUCGAGAACAUGAAACCAUUUGAGCAGUUUUAUGAAGAAAAUGGUAAAGAUUUUAAUGUGACUAAUGAUAGUGAUAGUAAUGGAUUUAUUCAUGCCAAUGGGAAGCAUCAACAAGAUAGAAGGAUCAAUGGUUCAAUGCCUAAGAGACUUCUCCCAUUGUUCGAUGCAGCGGAAUUGUUAGAAUCCCCGAAUGGAGAGGUAAAUGGGAAUGAAGAUUAUGAAUUUCACCUUACGAAGUUUGAGUUAGAAAAGAAAAGGUUUGCAAUCGAAGAGGAAGUCGAUCAUGUAUACGAAAGGCUACAAGCACUCGAAGCGGAUAGGGAAUUUCUUAAACAUUGUAUGGGCUCAUUGAGGAAGGGUGAUAAGGGUUUGGAUCUUCUUCAAGAGAUCUUACAACAUCUACGCGAUUUGAAGAGCGUUGAACUUCAAGCUAUGAAGAAUCCCAAUCAAUGCGCCUCAGUGUAAAAUCAAAUUUGACAUUGAAGAUUCUCAUGUCCAAUUAAAUUUUGCUGCUAGAUCAGUCAAAAAGUCCAUUCCAUGGAAUCAAAAGAUACAGCUAAACAAGAAGAUUAAACUUUUGUCAUCUAGAAUUCAGUGAAGGACCCCCUAAAUGGAGAGGGAGGUUCUUGGGUAGGCAAGAAAAAUCAAGGUUUGCUGACCCCAUUUUUUAUUUUUUCUUUCUUUCAAUCUUGUUCUUUGUUCAAUGUAAAUGUAAAAAUCCCAAUUUUUUGUGGGGUUGAGUCUCCUUUUGCCCAUCACUUCCCUUUUGAGGGAAAAGGGAACGAUGGAUUUUAAGUGUGUGUAGGAUAGUGGAAGAUACUCAAGAUAACCUGUCAUCUUGUAUUUGUUUUGUGAGCCAAAAAGGGGCAGACAUAUGCAGAAAGAAACUGGGUGAUCCAACAAUGAUUCCAGUCCCAAGCAUAUAACAUUUUACUUGAUCACAAACUCAAAGUGCAAAAACAAGGUUGUAUCCCGUAUCGCAUCACAUUUACGCCGAACCGAUAUGUCCCACAUUGUAAAAUUGUAAAAGAUCGUGUUUUGGUUGUUUUGGUCAUUUUAAGAGAUAUCUCAUGCAUUCAGCCGAUAUUUACAUGACGAUAAUGUCAUUCCCGUGCUGUUACUGGAAUCGUUGUCACAUUUUUGCACUAUGCAUACACUACCUAGGAUUACAAAUUAUUAGUUAGAUGCAUUUAUUCUUCAUUUUUGUUACAUCAAGAGAUUUUGUGGAAGGGACUUUUUUUCUUUGUUUCUAUUUUGUGAGCCAGUUGUAGCACUUGAUCAUCACAUGGGUUUGAUCAAAGCUUUUGGAGUAAAGUUAGCUUACCUGUAUAUUAAUUUAAUGUAAUGAUUCUGUUCUGUAAAGUAUAUAAAGUGAGUGUUUGUUAAUUAUGUCCCCUAAUCAAGCUUUAUAUGCUGAUUAUUUGCUUGAUGCUUAAUAUAAUUGAGAACAAUGUACAUAUAAUGAUAUCAAUUAGAAGCCAAAGUUGCUUUCAUAGUUAAACUUUGCUUAAAGCAAACUACUUUGUUGAGUAGGUGAAGGAUAUUUGUUGCCACAUCCUCAAGAGAAAAUUCAUGCACAUGUGUGUUGUUAGUAUAUUCUCAAUAUAAUUCUUACAUUAUUUGUUUUAAUCUAUGUCAAUUUUUGAAAAAAAAUACGUCUUUGUUAUUAUUAACUUUAGAUUGCAUCUAUGAUAUAUUUGAUCCUUCUAAAUCUUGUUUUGUUGAAACCAUUUGUCAUUGAAAUAAUUACAUGUUGUAAUCUGAGUAUGUACAUUAUGAUGGUAUAAAGUAUCUACUUUUUGGAUCCUAUAAUGUUGAACAACGAAACCUAUAACUUUAGAGUCUUACUUGAAACUCUAUGUAGAGAAAAACACCAAAUAAGUCACCUAAAGAUCUGUACAAAUAAGAAUAGAAGCCACUAUU